GGAAAUGCUCCUAGACCAAUCAUAUCUGUGUUUACACCAUCACCUGUGAAACACACACCCUCCGCUAUAUUUCUCUCUGAAAGGAGCUGAAACACAGACUCACACUGAAGCGUCUACGGUAGCCGCUAACUGGACGGACUCUCUGGCUAUUGACCUUUUGCAGUGGAAUAGUGGAAUAAGUCUUAAACCAUGAGCUCAGUGGCAGUGUUGACCCCGGAGAGCUUUGCGGAGCAUCGCAGUGGUCUCAAGGACCAAGAGAUUUCAGGCUGCGUCCCAGAGGAUGAGGCCUACAUCCCCACCUACCUGGAGGCCUUCCCUCCGCUGCCGGAAAAGGGGGCACCAGGGGAAAGGACUGGGGAGCCGGCUUCGGCAUGGGGGAGCAAGAUCAGGCCCAUCAAAGCGUCUGUUAUCACCCAGGUGUUCCAUGUUCCCCUGGAGGAACGCCGCUACAAGGACAACAGCCAAUUUGGGGAGGGUGAGGAAGCCAAAGUGUGCCUGGACAUCAUGCAGCGAACGGGAGCGCACAUUGAGCUAUCCCUGGCUAAGGACCAGGGCCUCUCCAUCAUGGUUACUGGCAAACUGGACUCUGUCAUGAAGGCUCGCAAGGAAAUUGUAGCUCGCCUGCAGACACAGGCAUCAGCUACAGUCGCCAUCCCCAAGGAGCACCACCGUUUUGUUAUUGGUAAGAACGGCGAGAAGCUGCAAGAGCUGGAGCUGAAGACGGCCACCAAGAUCGCUAUUCCACGUCCCGACGACCCCAGCGCCAACAUCCGCAUCACUGGCACCAAGGAGGGCAUCGAGAAGGCUCGCCACGAAAUUCUUCUGAUCUCAGCUGAGCAGGACAAGCGUGCGGUGGAGCGUCUGUCCCUGGAGAAGGCCUUCCACCCUUUCAUUGCUGGUGCCCAUAACAGGCUGGUGCAGGAACUUAGCCAGGAGACGGGCGCUCGCAUCAGCAUCCCGCCGCCCAGCCUUCCAAAGGAUGAGAUUGUCAUCACUGGGGAGAAGGAGGCUGUUGCUCUCGCUAUCAGCCGGAUCCGAGCCAUCUACGAUGAUAAGAAGAGGAAGACCACGACCAUCUCGGUGGAGGUGAAGAAAUCUCAGCAUAAGUACAUCAUAGGUCCAAAGGGCAACACCCUGCAGGAGAUUCUGGAGGCCACUGGGGUGUCGGUGGAGAUGCCCCCGCUAGACUCCAGCUCAGAAACCAUCAUCCUGAGAGGGGAGCCUGACAAACUGGGGCCAGCACUCACACAAGUUUAUGCCAAGGCUAAGAGUGUGAUGGUGGUUGAGGUGAGUGCUCCAGCUUGGCUACAUCGUUUCAUCAUUGGCAAGAAAGGACAGAACAUAGGACGGAUAACACAGCAGCUACCACGGGUUCAUAUAGAGUUUACAGACGGUGAGGAGCGCAUCAGUCUGGAGGGGCCAACAGAGGAGGUGGAGCAGGCUCAGGCCCAGAUACAAGAAAUUAUUAAAGACCUGCUGGUGAGGAUGGACUACACCGAAGUCAUCAUAGAUCAGCGUUUCCACAGACACCUUAUUGGAAAGAAUGGAGCCAACAUCAAUCGGAUCAAGGAGCAGUACAAAGUGUCAGUCAGGAUCCCUCAGGACUCGGAGAGAAGCAGCCUGGUCCGGAUCGAAGGAGAUCCUAAAGGAGUGCAGCUGGCACGCAGAGAGCUUAUCGACAUGGUCCAGAGAAUGGAAAAUGAACGCACCAAAGACUUGAUCGUAGAGCAGAAGUUCCAUCGGACAAUCAUUGGCCAGAAGGGAGAAAAGAUAAAGGAAGUGCGGGACAAAUUUCCUGAGGUCAUCAUCAAUUUUCCCGACCCGUCGCAGAAGAGCGACAUCGUCCAGCUGAGAGGGCCGAAAAACGAGGUGGAAAAAUGUGCCAAGUUCCUGCAAAAAAUCAUUGCAGAACUGAUUGAGAAUAGUUUCUCGCUCUCCGUUCCCAUCUUUAAACAAUUUCAUAAGAACAUAAUUGGAAAGGGCGGCACAAACAUCAAAAAGAUCCGCGAGGAGACCAACACCAAGAUUGACCUGCCAACAGAGAACAGUAACUCUGAGACGAUCGUCAUCACAGGCAAGAAGAGCAACUGUGAGGCUGCUAGAGAUCGAAUCCUUGCAAUCCAGAGAGAACUGGCCAACAUUAAGGAGACAGAAGUCAUCAUACCAGCCAAGCUGCACAACUCUCUGAUCGGCUCCAAAGGCUGCCUCGUGCGCUCCAUCAUGGAAGACUGUGGUGGUGUGCACAUCCAUUUCCCCUCUGAGGGCUCUGGCUCAGACAAGGUCACCAUCAGAGGGCCUGCUGGUGAAGUGGAGAAAGCCAAGAAACAGCUGCUGCAGCUGGCCGAAGAGAAGCAAGUCAACAACUUCACUGCUGAGCUGCAGGCCAAACCAGAGUACCAUAAGUUCUUGAUCGGACGAGGCGGGGCCAACAUUCGCCGGGUGCGAGACAGGACAGGGGCCCGCAUCAUCUUCCCGUCACCUGAUGACACAGAGCAGGAGCUGAUCACCAUCGUAGGGAAGGAGGAAGCUGUUCGUCUGGCCCAGAAAGAACUGGAAAACCUGGUCAAAAACCUGGAUGAUGUGGUUGAGGACAGCAUGGAAGUAGACGUUCGCCAUCACCGUCACUUUGUAUGUCGGAGAGGUCAGGUGCUGCGGGAGCUGGCGGAGGAGUACGGCGGCGUUGCUGUGAGCUUCCCUCGUACCGGAGCCAACAGCCAGAAGGUCACUCUUAAGGGAGCGAAGGAUUGUGUUGAGGCGGCAAAGAAGCGUAUUCAUGAGAUUAUAGAGGACCUGGAGUCCCAGGUGAGCGUGGAGGUCGCCAUCCAACAGCGCUACCACCGCGCCAUUAUGGGGCCUAAAGGCUGCCGCAUCCAGCACAUCACCAGGGAACACGAGGUCCAAAUUAAGUUCCCUGAGAGAGAUGACAGCGCUGCAGGUCAGGAGGCUUCACUACAAGAGAAUGGUGAGAUCAGUCCAGAGGCAGAGUUUUUCCCCCGCAAGUGUGACAUUAUCACCAUCUCCGGACGUGCAGAGAAGUGUGAACUAGCAAAAGCAGCCCUGCUGGCGUUGGUGCCCAUAACAGAGGAUGUUGAAGUAUCAUAUGAGCUGCACCGCUACAUCAUUGGUCAGAAAGGCAGUGGAAUCAGGAAGAUGAUGGAAGAAUACGAGGUGAACAUCUGGGUGCCACAGCCUGAGAAACAACUGGAUGUGAUCAAGGUGACGGGCCUGGCAGCUAAUGUAGAGCGAGCCAAACAGGGUUUGCUGGAGAGGGUCAAAGAACUUCAGGCUGAGCAGGAAGACAGGGCCUUGCGCAGUUUUAAAGUCACCAUGUCUAUAGAUCCCAAGUUUCAUCCCAAGAUUAUUGGCCGCAAAGGGACGGUCAUCUCUCAGAUCAGAAAAGACCAUGAUGUAAGCAUUCAGUUCCCCGACAAAGGAGACGAGCAGCAGGAUCUGAUCGUGAUCUCAGGGUACGAGCGUAAUGUGGAAGAGGCACGUCAAGCCAUCCAGCAGCUGGUUGCUGAGUUGCAGGAGAUGGUGAGCCAAGAUGUUCAUCUAGACCCGAGAACCCACGCUCGCAUCAUUGGUGCCCGCGGCAAAGCCAUCCGCAAGCUGAUGGAGGAGUUCAAGGUGGACAUCCGGUUUCCUCAGCCAGGCUCUGACGAGCCCGACAAAGUGACAGUAACGGGUCUUCCUGAGACUGUCGACGCCGCCAUUGAUCACCUACUCAACCUGGAGGAAGAAUAUAUGCUCAGUGUGACAGAGACAGAGACCUUGGCUGCAUACAUGAAGCCUCCAUCCCGCUAUGGAGGGGUAGGAGGUGCAGGAGGAAUGGAUGAUAGUAGUGGAGGUCCAGCUAAAGGCUUUGUGGUGCGUGAUGCCCCCUGGAACGCAGCAGGGAACAAGGCCCCUGACAUGAGCAGUGCAGAAGACUUCCCCACGUUUGGGACAGGAGUGGCCCCGAAGCAAACAUCGGCCUGGGGUCCCAAGAAGUUCUGAAGUUGCUCGUGGAGAGAAAAAAAAAUUUUUUUUGUAAAGUAGAUGAUGAGACAAAACAAAUCUCAAAUUGCUGCUCGAUUUACUCUUCUUCCCUCUUGUCUUUUUAGUGGCUGCUUUGUCUGUUUUCCAUACUUUUUUCCCCACAACCAGCCACAGUGAAUUCUGGGGGAAUUAUCCCUCCUUUUUUUGUUAUCUGUCUCUCUUUCUGUAGUCUCUCUUACUCCGCCUUCUUCAGAGAGAAAAAAGAAAAAAGAAAAAAAACAGAACGUGGAGUGCUCUUAUAGUUUUGCUGUUCCGCUCUGCAAGUCUCGCUGAAACAUUUCAACAACUGUAAUCUUUUCUUUUUUACUCCUCAGACUGCCAAACUCUCCCCUCAAAUUCAGACACCUCACUGCAGUACAUAAGAAAUGUUUUAGUUCAGAGUCUGCUGAAUCAGGGUAGUAGAGCCAGAGAGCACCAAGGAAGCAUCCUCAUACAUCUAGAGCGAUAUGCUUUCAGGAGAUGGAGGGUGUUUAUCCCUUUGAAACAGCAUGGAGCUUUAAGCUAAAGAAAAAAAAAUAAAAGUGUUUUAUAAAAGCAGGAAAGGUUUGUAAACAAGAAGAUCCUUUAACUGGCUUUUACAAGGAGAUUUCUCGCUGGCUCACCUUUCCAGCCAGUCAUGGGGCUCAGCAGGUGAGGCAAGGAGCUGUGUGUACGUACGAACUGGUGGGUUCGAGAGGGUUUUCACUCACGAGUGUUUUGUAGAUCCCUUUUUAUUUCCAAGCUGGGAGCAAAAGCAGCUACUGUAGUGGACUUUGUUUUUUAUAUCAUAACUUGAAAGAUGUGGAAGUACUGUGAUGAAGGUUGUUUUAUUUAUUUAAAAAGGAGCCAUUUAAUUUGAACUACUGUGAUCAUCUGUUUUUAUAAAAAGCACUCACUGUAGCUUGCAACCUUGCGUUUGAGAGUGAAUGUUGCGUGUCAGGGUUUGGGAAUGUGUUAACAGUUGUGUAAGUGUACAAAGAACUUUUCGCUAUUUUUUUAAACUGUGUGAAACUUUUUUUUUUUUGUUGUUAAUUUCAGACAUAUUUGAAAGAUUGUGUGUGUGAGUGUGGAAGUUAAGAUGUACAUCUGAAUGAAGCUGAACCAAACUUUUUCAUUGUCUUUGUCCGUUUGUCUCUCUUCCCAAAGCUGUUCUCAGAGCUCUUGGAGGUUUUUUUUUUUUUUUUACCUCCUCAGCUCAUCGUUCAAACUUGCUGCUUAACAUUUGAUCUUCCCUCCCGACAAAGAAGCUCACCAUCUAGAGCUGUACUUUGGGUUUCUGCUGUCCAAGUGCGUCACAUAUUUUGUAGCAAAAAACCUUGGAUGCCCUUCGUUCCCUUUUCUGGUUCUGAGACUUAUGCCCCGUUGACCCAGAUUUCAACCAGUUUAACUAAAAUCUACUUUGUAUUUGAAGUAUUAAGGAGUAGAUGAAAAUUUAGGAAAAUGUGCUCAGUAGCACUGAGAAUAAUAAAAGAUCCUUCAGAGGAACAUCUUAUAUUUACAUUUAAAUAAAGUUUUUAAGCAGAAAGAAUGAACAUAUUCAAAUGGCACUAAAGUUAUGUCCUUGUCAAUGGUUCUAGUCUUAGAACUAAUUGUCCCCCAACUUUAGCUUCAAAAACCUAAAGACACGGUACUGAUCUUCUCAUCUAACUAAAAGAAAAUGUCUCAAUUGUUUCCAGCAAAUUAAUUUCAAGACAGGACCAGAGUAAACAACUCUGUUAGAAGACGUCAGAACAGCAACAACACAAAACAAAACUCAGGGUCCAACUUAAAAAUAAAAACCGGUGCAGAAACUACUUUGUAGGGUAGAAGACAGAUAAGUAACUGAAGCUGACUAUGCAACCCAACAGGACAUACAACAGAAAAUUUAUCUGUCAGUGGCACAUUAACAUGCUCAGCUACAGUCAUAGUAUUGUUAUGUUUGUGGGACAGUGAACAAAUUAUUUAUCUAGUCUUAGUAGUAGCUGAAAUCUAGGCUGAGGCUGUAUUUUCUAAAUGUGUGUGUGUUGAUAAAUGGCAAGACAGAGCUGCCCUGGAAGUGGCUGCUAUUUCUGUAUAAAGCUAUGAAAACUCCCACUAUUGGCCUUAAUGAGUUAUUAGUCUACAACAUUUUGGAUAAGUUGUGAUUGAGUGCAACACUGCAAUAACAUGUCAGUGACCAGACUUUUUCUUUUUUUCCUACUUUAAAUAAAAUCUGAAAGAAAGCAAC